GUAGGAAAUGGAUUUCAAUGAAUAACAAUAAUACGGAAAUGUCAAUAAUAAUAAAGUCUCAAACACACCAGAUCCAUUAUUUGAUCGAUGCUCCGCCAUAUACGAAAGAGAACACGGCUCUCCAAUUGGAAUCUCCAGGUGCAAUUUCUUCACAAUAGCAGCGAUUAUAUCCGAAUCUUUCCAAGAUGAUUCUUAUUUCACAAUUUGGUUAUUUAGAUGGCCUUGCUCGACAAGAAGAUUCUUACAGAAACAUGUCAAGGUUUACAAGAGUCCCCCCUAGAUGACAGAUAUGUCUCUCUGAAGGUUUGCCUCAUUUGAUUCUUCUUGAACUUCAGGACCAUCUUAAGGACAAAGACAGAGUUAUGGGCCUGAUUCUCAUCUUAUCCAAUGAAGGACCAAACAAGUCCUCCCUAUCCAUAUAAGAGUCAUUGCGAGCAGCUACUUCAACAUUUCCGCUUCAGCUCAAUCUGUUUGCUCUGAGGAUAGAGAAAGAUUUGGGAAAUUUCUGCAAAAAAUCACAACCGCCAGUGACCGGUAAAAAAAGAUUUAAGGACCUGACACUGGAUUGGCUCCAUUUAGGGGAGGAAGUACAACACUGAUGAGAAAACUAUCUGCUGCAACUACUGGCAGAGGCGAAGACAACAUGGCUAGGCUAGAAUUUCAAUCCUAUCUUCCCUCAUAGAUGAUGGGUGGGGCAACGCAAAGUAGAUGUUGCAUUCAAAGAAUAAGUUACACUUUCUUUCUAUUCGAUUAGUUUGUUUAUUUAUAAGAUCUUUAGAACUUCGCGAUGGACAACGAAAGUUUCUUUUUAGAUUGCAUUCUAAAGUGAGUAAAUAUAGUUUACUUAUUUUUUUAUGAAAUUUCUUAACAUAGUUACUAAUAUUUGAGAAUUUAUUUUCAAGUUGAAAUGGUAGUUUCGGAGUAAAGAUGGGGGGCCGCCUAAAAUUUGGGUAUUUAAUUGUAAACAAAGAAUGCUUAUAAAAUUUUUGGUACUUGGGGUUUCCAAGUUUUAAAACUCUAGGUUUAGCGAUGGUGGAAGACGGCCAUGACGAGGACAUGGGACAAGUGAGACUAAAACAGAGAGGCUAUGUGGUCGUUACAGAGCUCCUUUUCUUCAUUGUCUUAUGCUACAUUUUGUGAUAUGCCAAAAAAAGAUUGCAUUACAGAGAAAAACCAUCAUUUUUAGCCAAAUAUUUGGCCCUAUUCGUGAGUGGGUAACACGUAUUCUUGCAAGGAUGUUUCCCUCUACCAGGAUUCUUGAGGUAUUUUUUUAUGUUCAUUUUGGUUUUCUUCUAGAGGUAACAUUAAACACAUAUAUCAUUAUUUUGGGGAAGCAUAAAGGUUCUUCUUUAUAUAUUUAUUAAGGUUCUACAUGUUUUGAUUAAAACAUCAUUCUGUGUUAUCAUUAUUUUUUCCCACAUUUUUACUAGGUUGCUUUCCAUAUAUUGUUCUUAGACUAACCUGAUUUCAUCUAAGUUGAUUUGAAACAAGAUAAGAAUAAAACCAUGUCCAAACAUAUAUCUAAGAUUUAUAAAAGGAAAAACCAUGUGUCUUAUGAAGAUGAUGAUUGGUACUGAAUUUAUUUCUUAUUUGCUUCACUAUUUUUCAUAUCGUUAAUCGCACUAUACUAAGGGAUUAGUUUUGUAUUGAAACUUUGUGUCUUGCAAGUUAGUUACAUGUAUUUGUUGGGAUUUAGUGUAUAGGGUUAGACCAUAAACUGUUUUCUCCCUACUGUUCUCUGGGUGGAAAAACAUUUCAAAGGUGGAAUCUUUAUUUGAUGUUCCAAUACCUGGAUGAGCUUCGGUGUGCUCCUGACGAUUUUACUACCGUCAACAUCCAAAAGGGUAAAACUCUAGACAUGGAUGAACUUAUAUAUGAAUUUGCCAAGGUAUCGACUAUUGAUGAAAAUUCAAUUUUUCUUAUUUAAUAUGUUAGUUUCAAAUGUAUAGAGGUGUUAGUUUGCUAUCACUAUGCAUAUAUGUUAGUGAAGAGGAAGCAAAUAAGAAAUACCCGAAGUAUUUCAUAAAAAGUUUCCUGUGUGAGGCACUUUGGGUUCGGUUUUGUGAUUAACAAUGAGUCAACGGCGUCUGAAAUAAGCUUGAAGGUAGAGUGUUCUCAUUUUAUUGACAUGGGAUUUCGUUAUAUUAGCAAGCAACAUUAUAGAUUAGAGAUUGUUUUAACAAUUAGUCCUAAAACAUUGAUAGUUAUCAUUUGCCUUCAUAAAUUUGUAUUUACAUUUUCAAGAAAAUUAUUCUCCCUCAUCAACAUUUCUCGACCUUUCUCUCACCAAAGAUGUUAUUAAAUAAAUAUUCAAAUAUUUGGUAAUAUUUUAGCCAUGGUAUGAAAUAUAGCUAUAUUCAAAGAGAAAAGAACUCGGGCUCAUUUUCCCGCCCAAAGAUCAGGGUUAUUUUUAGAAUUUUGAACAUAGCUUCUUCUGGACACCAGCUACUCAAAAUUAUGUUUAUCUUCCCAUUCACAAAGGGUGAUACUAGACAUUAUUUCCUUCACAUUUCAGGUACACGGAGAAAUAGACGACGUAGCAAGACUACAACUAUCCACCUCGCGCGGCAUCCAAGAAUUACAGGGCAAGGAAUAUGUCAACUUCCACCCAACCCUAAAAGUAAGGAACAGUCAUAUUUAGGUACAGUUGCUGCUCAUUCUUAUUGAAACUUUGAAUUUGGAAACUCUUCUUCAAAUGGUUCAUGAUGAAAUUCCUUUGAGGUUAUCUUUUGUUUUUUCAUUACUUUACUUAUCCAUGGUCUGAUUUUCUUAUAUAGAGUUUCAACAUCAGAAAGAAAGAUCAGAUCAUCAACUAUAGAGUUGCCUUACUUGCAGAGUAUAUUAAACGCAUGUCCAAGCAUAGUUUUGCAUUUUUCUUAUUAUUUAUGUAGCUUAUGAAUGCUGGUCAUUCUGGCAAUAUUGUUGUGCUGGUAUUAAAUUGAUACACUUGAAAUCACAAGCAAUUUAUGUUUUUCAAUCAGAAGCUGCUUUACGACCCUUUCGUUUACUUUUAGCACAAAAAAGCAGCAAUUAUUCCAGCCCAAUCAUCUCCCGAGCAAUACGACGCAGGCUAGCUGGAUGGUUGGUGACAAUUGGAAACCACAAGCCCCCAACUUCAACUAUUUCACGCACUUAGCAAGAUGGAUAGAAGCAUGAAGCACAUCCCUAGGAGACAAACAAAAAGUCGAGCAUGCCUGUCAACGCUGGCUUCACUUGAGCGCAUAUUGGAUUGAGAACAAACAUAGGGCCAAAGAGUACUCAAACGAUCCAGGAACGUUGCAGCUUGAAAAAGAGGGAGAGGGUGGAGGUUGUCUUUGUAGGAGUCAAGCAAUUGUCGAUCAUCUUUCUUGGCAUUGACCCCGCGGGCUUUGUUUAGAUCAAUUUACUUGAAGCAUGGAAGAGGAGGCAUCCCAUGAAGCUUCAUCCGUCAUUCUUUUUAAAUCAAUUGCCCCUUCAUCUAAGUCUAUAGUGCCCUUAGUGCUUGACAUUAAAAGGCUACUGCCCAUCCCCCUCAUCAUAUAUUCAAGCUUGCAACAAACUUUGCAUGAAGUAUGAGUACUUCCUAUUUCCUAACACAUAAGGAGUAGCUUUUUUUGAAGGGUAAGAAGUAGCUAUAUUGUUAAAUACUUUAAUUGUUAUUAGACGGGAAUAUGGAACUAGGAACAAUUCUAAUUAUGUUUAUGUCUAUAUUUAAAGUCCCGGCAAGGUUUCUAGUUUCAACCUCUAAUUCUUUGUUUGUCCGUGAAAGGAAGAAGCCUCAAGGAUUUUGACUUUGAUGGUAAAUGGAAAAGAAACAGCACAUUGCGAUAUUCACUACCGCGAGCAUUCCAUGGCUGACUGGGACUGCAGUAAACCCUUUGUUCCGUGCCGCCUACCUUGCUAAAGAUGGGGAGAGGAAUGUCACUUUGGUUGUCCCUUGGGUGUCUGUUAAAGAUCAACAACACUUGUUCCCUGACAAUAUCACCUUUAGCACACCUUCUGAGCAAGAACACUACGUUCUUCGAUGGGUUGAAGAGAGGACUGGCUUCAAAUCAAGCCUUAGCGUGCGCUUUUAUCCGGGAAAGUUCUCCCUAGAGAAAAGGAGCAUUCUUGCUUUGGGGGAUAUCACGGUUGUCAUCCCGGAUGAGGAAGCAGAAAUUGCUGUCCUUGAGGAACCUGAGCACCUUACCUGGUAUCAUCACGGAAGGAGAUGGAAGGAGAAAUUUAGGCUGGUGAUAGGAAUUGUUCACACCAAUUAUCCAGAGUAUGUUAAGAGGGAGCGCAACGGUUUGGAAGCUUUGAUCGUGAAAUAUAUAAAUGUUUGGGUUGUCAACAUAUAUUGCCACAGGGUUAUCAGGUUGUCCGGUGCGACGCAAGAUCUUCCCAGAUCAGUCAUCUGCAAUGUCCACGGAGUGAACCCAAAGUUUCUUGACAUUGGCAUGAAGAAGAAAAAGGAAGAAGAACCAUUGCAGAGGGGGAAGGAAGUAUUCACCAAAGGCGCAUACUACAUUGGAAAGAUGUUGUGGAGCAAAGGCUACAAGGAGCUGCUCAAACUUCUGCGCAGCCAUCAAAAGGAGCUUAAAGGGCUUGAAAUUGAUUUGUAUGGCAGCGGCGAGGAUUCUGCCCAGAUUCAGGAAGCUGCCAGGAAACUGGAAUUGACAGUCAGGGUUCAUCCCGGACAGGACCAUGCCGAUCCUAUCUUCCAUGAGUACAAAGUCCUUGUGAAUCCAAGCACCACAGACGUGGUCUGCACGACUACAGCCGAAGCCUUAGCAAUGGGAAAAAUAGUAAUAUGCGCCAACCACCCGUCGAACGAGUUCUUCAAGCAGUUUCCCAAUUGCCGCACGUACGACAGUGGCACCGGCUUCGUCACCGCCACUCUCCGGGCAUUGACCGAGCAGCCUGCCCCGUUGACUGAUGACCAAAGGCACGAGCUGUCGUGGGAAUCGGCAACGCACCGGUUUUUGAAAGCAGCGGAGCUGGACAAGUCAUCACCCAGUAACAACAACAAUAACAACAAGAAACAAUUUGCAAAGAAGAGCUCAAAGCUCAGUCUUUCAGCAUCAAUGAAUCUGAAAGAGAAUCUUGAAGAUGCAUCGGCAUUUGUGCACUACGUUGGGACUGGGUUUUUGAACUCAAAGCCAAACGAAGAGCAAUGCAAAGAGCUUGGUCUUGCUCUCCCUGCUUCUUCCAAGAUGAAGAAGUUUUCAACCUCUGGUAAAGAUGAUCAUGAUGUUUUGUGAAUAGGUGAAAGAUUACUAAUUUGUAGAGUACUAUUUGUGGUGGCUGAAGUUAAACUGCCAUUGUUGUACUGUCAACUCACAUCUGUUGUAAAUUACAGUAUUGUUUAAUGUGGCAUUUUUUUGACAUUUUGUCCUAUUUUUAUGUUCUGUGUAAGAAAUGUAGAGAGGUAAU